CCGGACAGCGUCCGCGCUCGGCCGGCCCUCCCGCCGCCUGUUUGUGAAUGAGACGCUCAGUUUCUCAAUGGAGCCGCGGGGGGCUCGGGCGGACGCGGCGCGGCCGCAGCGCUGGCCCUGAGCCCGGAGGGGGGCGCCUUUUCCUCGCUCCCUCCCCUCUUCCCUCCCUCCCGCCGCCGCGGCUUUUGAGGAACGGGGCUGAGAGGCCGCCGCGUAGGUCGCCGGGGCCCGCAUCCCCGAGGACUCCGCCUCACGCUCCGGAGGAGCCGGAGCGCGGCCGAGGGAGCCAGAUGCCGAGGAGGCCGGCGGCCUUCGGGAAAUUUCCGCCGAGACCCUCCGCUCUGGGCUUAGAAAGUUGUUGAGUUCGUAUUUCCUUUUUAAAUCCCGGUUGGCUAUUAGCUCUUCGCCGGCACCUUUUUUUUUUUUUUUUCCGGGAGAGGAGGGGGAGUGCGGGGAAAGGAGAGAAGAAAAUAAAAAAGGAUUUCCGCCCGGAGAGAGCGACAGUUGUGAGAGCUUUUCCUUCAGAAGACAGGAGCGGCGUUCGCGGCCGCCGCGGGCGCCCGGCCCCGCCGGCCCCACCAUGCGCGAGCCGGCCUCCGGCUGUUGAGGCACGGAGACGCGGAAGCGUCGGCCGGCAGCACCGGGCUCUCGGCGCUCCCGGGCGCGUUCGGUCGGCCGGGCGGCGGCGGCGGCGGCGGGAUGGAGCCCGCGACCGCGCCCCAGCCCGACAUGGCGCCGGAGCUGACCCCGGAGGAGGAGCAGGCCACCAAGCAGUUUCUUGAAGAGAUUAACAAGUGGACAGUUCAGUACAAUGUUUCCCCUCUCUCUUGGAAUGUGGCUGUCAAGUUCCUCAUGGCCCGGAAGUUUGAUGUGCUCCGUGCCAUAGAGUUGUUCCACUCCUACAGGGAAACACGAAGGAAGGAGGGCAUUGUGAAGCUGAAACCUCAUGAGGAGCCUCUCCGUUCUGAGAUCCUUAGUGGAAAAUUCACCAUCUUAAAUGUUCGGGACCCAACAGGAGCUUCCAUUGCCCUCUUCACUGCCAGAUUGCAUCAUCCCCACAAGUCAGUCCAACAUGUGGUACUUCAGGCUCUGUUUUACUUGCUCGACAGAGCUGUAGAUAGUUUUGAAACUCAGAGGAAUGGACUGGUAUUCAUCUAUGACAUGUGUGGUUCUAAUUAUACCAACUUUGAGCUGGAUCUUGGCAAGAAAGUCCUAAACCUGCUAAAGGGAGCAUUUCCUGCUCGUUUGAAGAAAGUGCUGAUUGUGGGAGCACCAAUAUGGUUCCGAGUGCCCUAUUCCAUCAUCAGCCUCCUCCUGAAGGACAAAGUCCGGGAGAGGAUUCAGAUAUUAAAGACCUCUGAGGUCACCCAGCACCUGCCCAGGGAGUGCCUUCCAGAAAACCUGGGUGGAUACGUCAAAAUUGACCUUGCCACUUGGAAUUUCCAAUUCCUACCCCAGAUGAACGGCCACCCAGAUCCCUUCGAUGAGAUCAUCCUGUUCUCCCUCCCUCCUGCCUUAGACUGGGACUCGGUACAUGUUCCGGGUCCCCACGCCAUGACCAUCCAAGAGCUGAUGGACUAUGUUAGCACCAGACAAAAGCGGGGGAUAUAUGAGGAGUAUGAAGACAUCCGCCGUGAGAACCCUGUUGGCACUUUCCACUGUUCUAUGUCUCCAGGAAACCUAGAGAAGAACCGCUAUGGGGAUGUGCCCUGCCUGGACCAAACGAGAGUGAAGUUGACAAAACGAAGUGGCUAUACUCAGGUAGUAAAGGAGUCUGGGUGUUUGGCCCAUGCUUUUGAUGGUCCUGGAUAUGAGACAGAUUACAUCAAUGCCAGUUUCAUGGAUGGCUACAAGCAGAAGAAUGCUUACAUUGGUACACAAGGCCCUUUGGAGAAUACCUAUCGUGACUUCUGGCUCAUGGUAUGGGAGCAAAAAGUCCUGGUGAUUGUCAUGACCACCCGCUUUGAGGAGGGCGGCAGGAGAAAGUGUGGCCAGUACUGGCCUUUAGAAAGAGACUCUCGGAUCCGAUUUGGCUUCCUCACGGUGACCAAUCUAGGCGUGGAGAACAUGAACCAUUAUAAGAAAACAACGUUAGAAAUUCACAACACGGAGGAACGGCAGAAACGCCAGGUGACCCACUUUCAGUUCCUGAGCUGGCCAGACUAUGGUGUCCCUUCCUCAGCAGCUUCUCUCAUUGACUUCUUAAGAGUGGUCAGGAACCAGCAGAGGCUGGCCGUCAGCAGCAUGGGUGCACGCUCCAAAGGGCAGUGCCCUGAGCCACCCAUUGUGGUCCACUGCAGUGCGGGCAUUGGCAGGACAGGUACCUUCUGUUCACUGGACAUCUGCCUGGCACAGCUGGAGGAGCUUGGCACCCUUAAUGUGUUCCAGACAGUGUCCCGCAUGAGGACCCAGAGGGCCUUCAGCAUCCAGACCCCUGAGCAGUACUAUUUUUGCUACAAGGCAAUCCUGGAGUUCGCAGAGAGGGAGGGCAUGGUGCCCUCCAGUCACAACCUCCUGGCCAUGGAGGGUCAGUAACUGUCCCACGAUCCUCCUACCUGCUGGCCAUCCUUCCUUAAACUACCCUGGACACCGCUGAGCCUGUAGGUUGCCACCAGUUACGCUGAAGCAAUGGACCAACCUUUUACUUGUGUCUCCUGGCGCACUCGUGCACGCAAGGCAGUCUUUCCCUUUGGCUAGAUAGAUGUGGUGAAGUUGCCACUAGAAAGGGCCAGCAGCAAUGUGUUCUUAAUUCCUAGCACCUGCUAUCGAACUGUGCCUUAUUAAAACCAAAUUGUGGCUAUCGGUUUUUGCCAGGGGCCCCGAGGUAAGUGGGGAAGGAACCUCCCUCCCCCCUUUCCCAAUGCCAUUCUUCUUCUCGAGGUCUCUUUCCCAUUCCUUCCCUUUGCUAGGAUUUGAUGGGGAGGUUUGGUGUGAGCAUCCACCCUCCUUCCCAGAGAGCUUGACCAAGUUACAUACUUUAGAGAACGUCCCCAGUGCCAAGCACGUUUAUACCUAGGGCGUGUAUUCCAGUCUUUUCUGUCAUUCUCUGUGUGUGUGUGUAUGUGUGCGCACUUACAUGUAUGGGUCCAUAUGUACGUGUGUAUAUAAUAUAUAUUGUAUGUGAUAAUAUGGUCGUAUUCUAUAAAUACAUAUACACAGAGAUACUCCUUUGUAGACGUUCCUGGGGUUCCGUGUUGCAGUUCAGGACUGCUUGCUUCUUGGACCCUACUGUUUAUCCUGGACUAGCUGGGGUUGGGGAUCAUAUCUCUUACUGUCAGACCGCAGAAUGGUGGAAGAGGACACACACAUCCACUCUUCAUGCUCCUGCCACAGGCCUUCAUUCUCACAUAAUGACUUAUCUCUUUCCAGGAGACUGCCUGUUGCAGCCGAGAAUUCUGGUUUGUGGUGACACUGGUUUAACUCAGCAUGAAUUGCUCUUAUCUGGUGAUUUUACUUUGUUUACUUUGCCAAUUUGAGGAAUAGACCUCCACUGUGAUUCCAGACCCCUCUUUCCUCUCACUGUCCCUUGGGGCUUGGGGUCUGGGAGUAGAAAUGAACUCACUGAGCAGUCAGAGCCAAGAGCAAUUGGUACGAAGUCUUAGAGGGAAAGAGAGGGAACCCAGGUGUGGGAGAAAGGAAACUACUAUGAGAAUCCCUCCUUGGGAGUGAGCUUUUUCUUUUCUAGAAAGUUCCUUUCCUUAUGCAACUUGGCCCUGUCCACUCAAAUGCCCAUCUCUUCCUGCCUAGCAGCCUGCCACACUUUGGAGCUCAAGCUGGGUGGGUUCUGUGUCAAUAAAAAGCUUGACCCCUGGCUGGGUGAGGCAGUUCCCUGCAAUCACUGUUUGCCCCCUAUUCACCCAACCUGUCCCUGUCUGCUCCCGGCCUCCCCAGCCUGAUGUGCCAGGGAUGGAAUCAAGAGUCCCCGGCACUCCACAUUCCCAGGAAAAUCCCAGGAACCCCUAAACCUUCCCCCAUCACAGAUGAGGUUGGCAGCUGAUCAGACCUCAAUAAUUUUAUACUGUAAUAAGCUCUUUGAAUGUAUAUAUUCUUAUUUUUACAAUCUCUUCAUUUUGUAUUUAACGUCAAUGGACUGAGUCAGAUUCAGAAAAUAAUUGUAAAUGUUCAUAUUCAAUAUCUUAUAGCAAUACAGUUUUGUAUUUACAUAUAAAUAUACCGACAUGAUCAAACCCUUUUAGCUUCAUCAAUUUAGUAGCAGUCUGGGGCUGGGAAGGUGAGGAGGGGGUCCAAGAGCUGGUCCGGGAGGGAUGGGGAGGCAGGGAGGGACCCGAGGCCUGGGUAUCUGAGACUCAGUUCUCAGAGCCAUCUACCUUGUCCAUAGGCCAUGGCCCUAGCUCUGGGCCGGCAAAGGGAACCACCAGUUGAAAUGCUGCUGGGUGCCAAUCUCUUAUGCUCAGUGCUUUUCCCCCCAUCACCUCAUUCAAACCUAGCAAUAAUCCAGUGAGAUUAUUAUUCUCACUACCUUCUAUUUCUGUAUAGAUGAGGAAGGUAAGGUCCGGAAGAUUACAGUGAUUUGCUCUGGAACUGGAGCUCAGGUUGCUGUGCUUACAAAGACUUUGGCCUCUUCACCGAAUUGCCCUUUCAAAGAUCAAGAUAGUGUUUUGACCUAGGAAACCAGAGGGUUUUUUGUUUUUUUGUUUUUGUUUUGUUUUGUUUUGUUUUGUUUUAGCUCUCCUUGCAGAGCAUAAGCCAUUCUUAAAUUCCAGGUAGUUGAUCCUGGCCCCAUGAUGCAUGUUGGGUAACAGAGUUGGGGACUGAUGCUCCCAGGUAGAACCUCCUGGUGUCAGGUCCUGAGGUCUCCAGAGUACCAAAGGGAUCUUCCUCCCAAGGAAACACCAUGUAUAGGGGUACACUGGUCUUUGUGGGAAGAUCUUCCAUCUCUCUUAGAAUGGAACCAGGAGCUUUGUCCAUGUAGCACCACUCCCUGUGCCAUGUAGCUACUCCUUGUUGACCAGUGACAGCCUGCCUAGUUGGGACAGUUCUGGCCUGGAGAGUGUGCAAAUAUUGGGAUGUUCUUAAUAAAAGUCAUAGCAGCCAACA